CAGACCACUCGCUUUGAAUUUUCUAACAUGGCGGAUGACACGAGUGACAUAGCAAAACACAACAAAGUUUCAGAAUGUCCCUAGAAGCAGCCAUUUCCGUUCUUAAACGAGCUGUAGAGCUCGACGAAGGAAAGAGUUAUUCUGAAGCCUUAGUCUGCUAUCAAGAAGGAAUAGGUUUACUGCUACAGGUCGUGAAAUCCACUACAAAUGAAAUUACCAAAACGCGUUACAAGGAACAACUGAACUCAUAUUUUGAACGCGCGGAGAACCUAAAGCGUACAGUUAAGGAGCAAAAAGAAGCGGGUAAAUACCACGAACAAAUUCAGAUCAAGGACGGAUCUAAGGGCUACAGUUACUCUAAGAUUUUUGGACGUUAUUUGGACGAGAAUGUGGAGGAAGUUACAAUCGAGGAUCCGUACAUUCGUGGAAUUCAUCAAAUCUAUAACUUCCUGCGGCUCUGUGAAUUAUUCGUAUUACAUGGCAGCGUACGCAGAAUCAACCUUAUUACAGGUCUUGAUGACGAUCCCUCCACUCAACAACAGAGACUAAAGGAACUCACCUCAGAUUUGAAAAGACACAAUAUUGAUUUACAAGUGAACUACUCCCACACUCUACAUGAUCGCGAGAUUAGAUUCAGCAAUGGCUGGGUCAUAAAGAUUGGAAGAGGUUUGGACUUUUACAAGAAGCCAAGAGGGAAAUUUUCUAUUGGUUACUGUAACUACAAUCUGAGGGACUGUCAUGAGACAACUAUAGACAUUUUUCUAAAGAGAAAACAAUAACCAAAUUCAUCCAUACUCAAGGAGAAAAAGUGGAAAAUUAGAAAAAGGUAGGGCUGUAGCUAGUCUGAGGCAGUGAGAGAAAAGGAGGAUAUAUCCCUCCUAGUAGAGCUGUAUCAUUGCACCAAAUGACAAAUAUAGUAGCAACUCUCCCUCUCUCCCCCUGGCAGAAAAAGCAAGAAAGUUUAUGCAGAACGUUUUUCUGCUAUGGCCAUAAAAGGGUGGGACCAAGAUAUUUUAAAACAGAUUUUUGAUGAUGUGCCAAUUAAUACAUUGACAAGACAUUGGAAAAAUUACAUUAACAUGAAUUCAAUUUUGACCACCUAUUCAUAUGCCGAUGACACAAAAAAAAUCCUCUAAAUAAUUGUGCAGAAGUUGGUAAUCCAGGUAGUCAUAUUUUUGUAAUCUAGGUUCAUAGGCUAUUUUUGAGUAUGAGGUAUUAGUGAGACUAUAUAUGACUAUAGGUGCAGAGGAAGUAAUUAAACAACAGAUGUAAAAGAUACACCAAGAAGGGGAAGGAAGGUAAAAAAACGCUUGAUGCUUUUUCAACUAACCAGCUUAUUUAUUUGAAAAUUCUAUCUUGUUUAACUGUCAUGCAUUUGCUUUUCUCACAAGCACUCUAGUAAACCAUUAUGUGUCAUUAAAAAAAACUGUGUAUAUUUGGGGUCUCUCUCAGCAUGUAAACGUUAUAAAAUGUAUUCCAAAACUUCAUAACGUGUAUAAAAGUAAUAAACAACUCCUAAAAAGGUA